AUGGAUAUACAGGAACUCGAAAAAUAUAGUCCACAAAUCGGCAUGGAAUUCGAUUCAGUGGAGGAUGCUUGGAAUUUUUGGUUGCAGUAUGGCGGGAAGUUGGGUUUUAAUGUUCGCAAGCAUUAUGAAAACAAGACUAAGGAUGGACAAGUAACUUCUAGACGAUAUGUCUGUUCAAAAGAGGGUUUCCGUCCACUUGAUAAGAGAGAUCAUUUGACUAUCAAUUCUCGAGCUGAAAAAAGAGUAGGUUGCAAGGUUCGUAUGGGGAUUUGUUUAAUUAAGGCCACAGGGAAGUACCGAGUACAUGAUUUUGUAUCCGAACACAAUCAUAUACUUCAUUCACCAGAUACUAGCUACCUAUUGUCUUCACAAAGAAAAAUAUCUGAAGUGCAAGCCAUUGAAAUUGAACUUGCUGAUGAUUCUGGAAUCCGACCUAGAGCAGCACAUGAGUUUAUUGGUGCACAUGUGGGUGGAUCUAGCAAUCUUGGCUACACUCAUCGGGACCAUAAAAACUAUUUACGAAGUAAGCGCCAAAGAGAUUUGAUGUAUGGGGAAGCAGGUAGUUUGUUAAAGUACUUCCACUUACAAACAAUAGAGAACCCUUCAUUCCAAUAUUCUAUUCAAUUGGAUUGUGAAGAGCAAAUAACUAACAUAUUCUGGGCCGAUGCUAAGAUGCUUAUUGAUUACGCUUUAUUUGGUGAUGUUGUUGCAUUUGACACUAAAUUUGGUACUAAUAAAGAACAUAGACCACUUGGCGUAUUUGUUGGGUUUAACCAUUUUAGGGAGACAACGGUUUUUGGUGCGGCUCUUUUAUAUGAUGAAACAAUAGAAUCUUUUAAAUGGUUGUUUGAAACGUUUCUAGCAACACACUGUAACAAGGAGACAAAGACUAUUUUCACUGACCAAGAUAUUGCUAUGGGUAAGGCUAUUGCAGAGGUGAUGCCAAAUGUGUGGCAUGGACUAUGUACUUGGCACAUAACUGAAAAUGCAACCAAACACUUGCUAUGUGAUGGGCUGGAAGUUUUUCGAGCAUUCAAAGCUUGUAUGUAUGAGUAUAAAGAAGAGGCGGAGUUUGAAGAGGCAUUCAGUGCAUUGCGUGGAAAAGUCUCAAAAGGUACAUGCACUCAAUUAAGUGAAAGUUUCAAUAAAGAUUUAAAAGAUUAUCUAAAAUGCACUAUGGAUAUAAUGCGGUUUUUUAAACAAUUUGAGAGAGUCUUGGGGCUAAAGCGUCAAAAUGAGACAAACAAUGAGUUUGAUUCUAAGGAGAAACUGCUAAGAAUUAAGAUGAGAAGAACACCUUUACUUAGGCAAGUUGGCCAAAUAUAUACUUCUAAUAUAUUCGAAGCAUUUCAAGACGAGUAUGAAUGGUCAACAGCUGCUAUUAUUAAGCCUCCUGUUGAAGGUCAACUUACAAAUGAGUAUAGAGUUGUAAUUUCAGACCCUGAGAAUGAUAGCUCUAUUAAUAAAGAGUACCAAGUGUUCGGUGAUCCUUUGAUCGAAACAGUUUCAUGUAGUUGUAAGAUGUUUGAAAGAUUGGGGUUAUUAUGUGCUCAUGCUUUGAAGGUUCUUGAUACCAUGAACAUUAAAUUGAUUCCUAGGAAAUAUAUUUUGAAGCGUUGGACUAGAGAAGCAAAGGCUGAAACUGUGCAAGAUACCUCAGGGAGAACUAUUCUUGAGGACCCUCGGUUGGAUGUUACUCGUAGAUACAAAGCUUUAUGUCAAAAAUUUGUGAAAGUAGCUUCUGGUGCAUCUAAUUUUGUAGAAUCGUCGUCGCUGCUAGAGAAAGGGUUGAAUAAUUUGAGUGUUGAGGUUGACAAGUUGUUGUUGAGCCUUAAAAGAGAAAGGGGUCACUAG